GGGUGCGCACUGGCUCCUAUCAAAAUGGCUGCCAUUUGAAUGAUCGUCGUAGAACAGUAGCACGAAGGGGUUGUGUGUGUGUUUAUACAGUCUAGAACUUGGUCUGCCUCACAGGGGCGACGAGUCUCCUGCAGCUGUAGAUGAGAAAUUUAGCCAGUGCGGGACAGCCGCUAGCCUGGGGUCUUUAACGUGCAUCACGCAGUAGUGAUACACGACCGCACGCCGGUACGAUGCUCAUCCAGAUCGAGACGGGCAGGGGUGGGGCUCGAACCCAGGAUCCCUGGGUUCUGCAGCGCGAGCUUUCGCUCCACGUGCUCCGAGCUGGUGUGCGCUAGACCACUCGGCCACCGAUCUGGGUCUGCGAUGCGAUGGCGAACCUCCGGGCUUUUGACAAAGGCCAAGAGGAAUUGCAAGACCGGCUCAAGAAGCUUCACGAGGAAAAACAUCUCAUUGUGAACCUGUUGGAACGUCUCCUCAGCCGGAUGGACGAGAUGGUGGGCCAUGUGGCAGGCAUAUCGAACAUCAACCAGUUUCUCUGUCAGUUCAUGAAUGCAACGAGCACAAUGGAGCAAAUGUUCCUCAAGCUUUUCAAGAUUCAUGUGCUCCUCACUGAAGAAACCUACGUGGACACCGAGCACAGAGUGAACCACAUGGCCAUCACUUAUGCAAUCCACCAGAAUGACUGCAGCGGUAGCUCGGAACUCUCAGUGCUCCCAGCGAAGGAAGUAUAUCACUGCUUGUCACUAGGACCCUCCAUUAGGUCUCCGGGACAACUGCCUCCAUCGGCCGAGGCUGCGUCACCUACAGCACAGCCCCUGGACACGGGAAAAACCUCCUCGUGUUCGGCCCCUUCUAACGUUCCUGCCGCCCAGACUGAUCGCGCCCACAACAGUCCCACCACCGUACCAUCGACCCCAAUCCAGCAAGUCGCAACUAUCUCGCCACCAACUGCCCCGUCUCACACUAGUCCCAACGAUGCAAACCUUUCGAAGAUUGUCACCAAGUCCUCUUCGGCCUCGUCUCUCUCUGCCACUGCCCCCAAAGACACGACUCCGCACAUUCCCAAGGGAGCUGCUGUCUCAAGAAGUCCGGGCUCUAUGGCCCCAGCCGCACUGUACCAAGCUUCAUCUUCGUCGGUUGCUGCCCCCAGGAAGCUCAACGGCGCCGUCCCUUGCUCGCCGUUUGCUGCCAAGAAGAGUGCUCUUCCAAACUUUGAGUGUGGCGAUAGUAGCGUCGAUGACUGUGACAGUGAUGCGGCUUCGGGGGACAUCACCGUCCGCAAGGCAAAUGUGCCACCGGCCGUCCCCUCCCCACCGCAGAGCACUCCGAGGUUUCCCCAAACCACACCGAAAUACGUGGCGACCAGGUCGUCGAGCGCAGACGCCUCGAUUAAGCUCUCGCAAGACGGCAAUGCAGUGUCGUACGUUAAGGCAACACCCGAGAUUGUUGGGGAAGCGAAGUGUUUGGACAUUCCACCGCUGUCGAUCAAGGCAAUGGGGGUCAUGCAAAAGGUGGCACUUUCCUUCUACAAGUCGCCGUCAGAGUUCUGGCUACAGUUGGAAUCGUCCAAGGGCACGCUGGAGUCCUUGCUGGAAGCCUUGCACAACCACUACAGCGGCCAAGCUUCGGUCUCAAGCUUUGAGGCCAAGAUUGGGAUGUAUUGUGUGGCAUUCUAUGCAGAAGAUGGGCAUUGGUAUCGUGCAAGGGUACUGCAAGUCAUGUCAGAUCAUGCCAAGGUGAUCUACAUUGAUUUCGGGAAUAGCGACAGGGUGGAACUGCAGAACCUCCGCCCUCUUGACGAGUGCUUCGCUUCUCUUCCUGCCCAGGCCAUUUGCUGCUGCAUCAAGGGGCUUCACCGGCUUCCUGACCAGAGCACGAGGUCCAUGGUAGCCAUGCGUGCCUUCCGGGACAAGAUAUCUUCGUGCAACAAGUUGCAGGCCAUCUUCCACCAGAGAGACGAGAUUUUGGACCGGUACAUUGUGGAGGUUGUAACCAUCACCAACAACCAGGGAAUGAUCAACCUUUCUCAGCAGUUUCUCAGCACGUGUGAAUCCGAAGAGCUAAGGCCUGGAGCAGCCCCUACCCCCCCUGUCAACGCAAAGCCAGCCAUGGCUGACGCGGUGGCAACACUGGUCCCCCCGCCACCACCGACCCCAGUCUGCGUGCCCCCACCGAUCCUCCCCGAAGAGGACACGUUUAACGUGAUGCUGUCGGUGGUGUUCAACCCUUCCGACUUCUACGGCCAGCUCCUCACGAAGAGCGCGGCUGAGCACAACGUCACGGAGGAGCUGCAAGUGCAGCUGAACCGCUGCGGCACCCAGAGCACAGCCCCACCAGAAGACUGGGUGACUGAGGGCUCUUACUGGAUCUGCCUCUACACCGGAGACAAGAACUGGUACCGAGUUCGAGUGGUGGAGGUGCUUCAGGAGCAGCAGCCGCGUCGCUUCAAGGUCUUCUACGUCGACUAUGGCAACCGAGGCAUGGCGCAGUGUUCGGAGCUGCGUCCCCUUCCAGCCGACCUGGCCAAGCUGCCGGCAUGCGCGAUCCGCAUGGCCCUCUCCUUUGUGGGCCCCAAGGGACCCCGGUGGGAUGCCCCAGCUAAACAGGUGUUCGUGAGUCAGGCGGGCUUCACCCAGCCCCUGGAGGCCGAGAGGAAGCGGCAGCUGCAGGAAGGUGUCGAAACUGUCCUGGAGGUAAUACUGUGGAACAAAGCAAACCCUGAAGUUGCCAUCAAUCUCAAUAUUCUAUUGGUGGAACAAGGUGUUGCAGUCUUCAAGAAUGAAGAAAGUGACCUGUGAAGUUGGAAUGUCAGCUUCUGCCUUCUUUUUUUUUUAUGUUCGAGCAUUACAUAGUUUUGUUUAAGCCAUUAAAUUGUUUUGCAGGUUGAA